AGCUUUGUUUUUAACAUGGCGAACCGAACUGUGAAAGACGCUAAAUCAGUUCGUGGUACAAAUCCACAAUAUUUGAUCGAAAAAAUAAUAAGGUCAAGAAUAUACGACUGCAAAUACUGGAAAGAAGAAUGUUUCGCGUUGAGUGCAGAGUUAUUGGUUGAUAAAGCUAUGGAAUUGAGGUUUCUUGGUGGUGUUUAUGGAGGAAACAUUAAGCCGACACCAUUUCUGUGUUUAGUACUGAAAAUGUUACAAAUUCAGCCAGAAAAAGAUAUCAUUGUAGAGUUCAUAAAAAAUGAAGAAUUCAAGUAUGUGCGUGCUUUGGGUGCAACAUAUAUGCGUCUUGUGGGUACAUCCUUAGACUGUUAUAAGUAUUUGGAACCUCUGUUUAACGACAGUAGGAAACUUCGUAGACAGAACCGGCAGGGUCAGUUUGAACUUAUUCACAUGGACGAAUUUAUAGACGAGCUUUUGCGUGAAGAAAGACUCUGUGAUAUUAUUUUACCACGUAUACAGAAACGACAUGUUUUGGAAGAAAACAAUGAACUUGAACCCAAGAUCUCUGCAUUAGAAGAUGAUUUAGAUGAAGGUAUUGAAUCAUCAGGAGACGAAGAAGAAGUCGUAAAGCCAGCCGAAGUUACAGCAAAUGUGGAAACACAUUGGCCCCGUGGUCGAGAAGAUAAAGUUCGUCGGCCUUCCCCAUCACGACGUAGGAGUACCUCACGUGAAAGAAACAGGGACCGUGAAAGGAGACGCAGCAGGGAUAGAGAGCGUAAUCGCCCAGACAGGGAUAAGAAGACUCGAAGAAGUAGGAGCAGAGAGAGGCGACACCGAUCCAAGUCACCAGGAGGUGGUCGAGUAAUUCAUCGAGAAAGAGAACAUCCUCGAACAAACCGAGGUGGUGAACAAGAGAGAGAUGUAAGACGCAGGGACAGGGACCAAGACAGAGGUCGGGAUCAGGAUAGAACACGUGAACAGGACAGAGCUCGUGAUCAGGACAGAGCACGUGAACAGGACAGAAUGAGAGACCAAGAGAGAACAAGGGAUCAGGAUAGAGUAAGACCUAGACAUCGUGACAUGUAAUACAGGGCAAAAUUUAAAAUAUGUAUCUUGGAUUGAACAGAUAAUUGGAAGAGUUUUAUGUACAAACUAAUGGACUGAAUAACAAUUUUAAUUUUGUCUUCAGAUAUUAGACCAGAAAUUUCUUUGGAUAUUUGAUUCCUGUUACACAUUUUGUACUAUUUUUGGAAGCCAUGUUAGUGCAACAUUGGUCAUGCAGUUUAGUAAUUUUGUGUGGGAAUGAAUAAAGGUAGAUGGCUACUGUUUAAAACUUUGA